AUGCUCGGGACGAUGAUGAAAUGGAUCUGUAUUCUCGGACCAGCAGUGGUCGUCCAUGCGCUUCCGACUCUGCAUACCUAUCAUGGCUCUCAUCUGGGCUCUCGCCAGCAAGCUGCUCCCGGUGGACUGACAGAUAUCGACAUCCUUCAGUUCGCGUUGACCUUGGAACAUCUGGAAAGCGCCUUCUACAAAGAAGGCUUUGCCAAGUUCCCAGCCAGCGAUUUUACCGCGCUCGGCCUCACCGAAGAAGAGAUAGCAGCGCUGCAGCAAAUAGGACAGACAGAAGCAACGCACGUCUCCAUGCUCCUCUCCGCCAUUGCUUCGGCCGGUUUCCAGCCCGUCAUGCCUUGCAAAUACAAUUUCGGCUUUACAGACGCCGCGGGCAUGGUUGCCACAGCGCGAGUGCUGGAGGCUGUUGGCGUCUCUGCAUACCUCGGUGCCGCGCCCUUGCUUAACUCAUCGGCAAUCCUGUCCACCGCUGCCACGAUAUUAACCGUCGAGUCUCGGCACCAGACCUUCAUCCGAACUGUAUCAGGAGCAGAGCCUGUUCCCGCAGCGUUCGAUACCCCGCUAGGACCCCGGGGAGUCUUCACGCUGGCUGCACCAUUCAUCACGGAAUGUCCGGCAGGAAGCAAUCUUAAUGUACCAGCUUUCCCGGCCAUUCAACUGUCUACUGGCACCUCGAAUAUCUCAGCGGGACAGAGUCUAGCGGUGGCCGGAGCCGAGGGAUCCUUUUGUGCCUUUGUGAAUCAGGGAGCGACCAAGUUCGUACCGCUCGCUGGGGGAAGCUGCACUGUGCCUCAGGGCCUAGCAGGCGAGGUGUACAUGAUGAUUACGAGCGCUGAGAGGGUUUGCGAUGACGUUAUUCUUGCUGGACCUUCCGUACUUGAGCUGUCGUAG